AUGCGGCUACACAAGCUCAAGAUGAACCCCGCCAAGUGCGUUUUUAGAGUCCAGGCAGGUGACUUUUUGGGGUUUAUAGUCCACCAGUGGGGCAUUGAGGUCCCUGACGAUAAGGCAAAUGCGCUACAAGGACAGAACGAGUUUGUGUGGGAACCUAAACAUCAAGAGGCUUUCGACAGAAUCAAGGCCUAUCUGGCAAGUCCACCAGUGCUUGUUCCUCCUAGAGCUGGAUUUUCAUUGAAAUUGUACAUUUCAGCAGCUGAGGCUUCCAUUGGCAAUCUCCUCGCUCAGGUUGAUGAAGAGGGUGUUGAACAUGCCAUCCUUUACAUCAGUAGGACACUCAUAGAUUGUGAAACGAGGUUUGGCAUCCCUGAGGUGUUGAUCUCGAACAAGGGGGCAGCAUUCAUGGGUGGUGAUGUUGAGAAGUUCAUCAAUGAGUUGGGCAUACAGUUUGUCCAUAGUACUCCCUAUUAUGCUCAAUCCAACGGUCAAGCGGAGGCCAGUAACAAGAUUGUCAUUACCUUAUAG